AUGGCUUCUGGUAUCCAAGGAUACAACACCUUGCAGAAGACGGCAGUGACUCGCCAACACGUGGUGAUCUAUGAUCUUUACGGCUUGCUUGGUGUUCCUCCCAAUGUCGACCAGGCUGGCAUCCACGAUGCCUAUGAAGGUAUCAUCAAGAAGCUUCAGCCUGCUCAUCCCAGCAAUGCUACCCAGAGAACAAUGUUGACUAACGCACUCCCCGUCCUCCCUCUCUCUCGACAGAUCAACGCAGCCUACGGUGUCCUGACCAACCCUCACAAGCGCGCCCAGUACGACCGCGACCGUCUCGAGUACCUCUACGCCCACUUCGCCACCCACGACGACUUCUCCAACCUCAGCGGCACCGACACCAGCGCCGACGUCCAUGACGAACAGAUCCAGGGUUACGCAGCAGCCCUGGCCUCACGCGUGUGCGACCCGCUGGCAGAGAAGAAGGCGCUGAUCCAUGCGCGCAUCGCACGCACGCGUGCCGACCUCGACGACUUCAACGACAAGUCGCUGCGCCACCGCCAGGACUGGGCCACGAGCCCCAACCAGAUCCUACGCAUGGCAGGCAACGCGCUGCGCGAGAUUGUGGUGUGUGCCGAGGGCGAUCUCUGCAUGCUGGAGGACGAGCUGGGUCGGCUCGAGGGCAUCCUGGACCCCAAGGACCAGGACGGCCCCGCUGGUCGUGUCGCCAGUGGCACGUACGGCAGCGACAUCGAGGCUGCUGCUGCUAUUGCCGCGCAGCGCUUUGUCGGCAAGCUUGGGGUCAGUAAGAAUGUGCAGGCUCUGAACUCGCGCAUCCCCAGCAUCCCUCGCUCGCCCACCGUCGCGCUCAAGCCGCGGUCUGCCUCCAAACUUGGCGUCGUGGGUGAGGACAGCGGCGGCCGUGGCGACUUGUCUUCUGAGAGCGAGAGUGAGGGCCAGGCUGAGAAAUUGGUCGAGGACCGCAUCAAGAACUUUCUGCUUGGCCCCAUGGGUGCAGGCCAUGGGCAAGGAGGUGGAGGAGGAGCCGACAUGGCGGAGAAGGCCAGUGCUGUCUCCACGAUCCUCACGCAGAACAUGGACCAUGAGCACCAUCUGCUUUCCCGUUCGUACGAUCACGUCCACGACCAGCGCGACAUCAUCGGUAGCCUGGCUCCUCACAUGAAGAAAUCCACACCCAACAAGGACUCUCCUUCCCCCUCGACCCUCCUCCGCUUGAUACCGCCCCAGAAAGGCGAUGGUAUGGGCCUGGUCGAGUGGCAGACUCUUCACGGGCCUCGCAACCCCGAGGUGGCGCCUGAGAAUGACCCUUUCUGGAAGACCCUCACCUUCCAGCCCUUCACGUCCGCCACUGCCGAGGAGCAGAAGAAGAACAAGACCCACGAGACUAACAACACCAACAAGCUCGGCGCCUAUCCCAACUACGCCAUUCAUAACAUGCCCACCACCAUGAUGCCCGACUUUGGCAUGCAGGCUGCUACUGCUCCUCCCCAGGACAGCACCAUCUCUCCCGAGUUCAAGCGUCCGAACCGCCCCUGGCGCACCAGCACGCCUCCACCCAAGUUCGCCGACGGCUUGUGGGCCCAGCAAGACUUGGUCAAGCCCUCGGACAGCUACGGCUUCCACGUCGCUCAGCCGGGCGAGCGGGCCACCACCGGCCUGACGCCUGGCGGUCGUGGCCUGGCGAGCCUGGAGCGGAGCGAGGGGAUCAAGGAGUUCCAGCUGCGCGUGUGGACGGCUGCGAAAGAAGCACAGGCACUCGAGGCCAUGGCCAAGAGAGCGGCAGCUGUGGCGGCACGCCCCGUAGAGACACCUCAGCCAGAGCGCGCCGACGGUUCAUCCAAGGCGCAGCAGGACAAGAAGAACAACAAGGACGGCGACAACAACAACAAGGACAGCAGUUAUUUCUCUGCUGAUACUCUGGCUGCUGCCGCUGCUACUGCGGCUGCUAUGGCUCGUGGAGAGGUAGGUAGUGCUGCUGACGGUGCGCACGAGGUCUUCCGUCGUGUCAAGAGCGCGAGGUUUACUGCCUCAGAUGGCCACACCUUCAAGAAGCAGCUUGACGAUCCUUUCACCUGA